AUGAUGGCCAUCAACUCUGCCUCGUUCGUGGCCCUGUCAUGUCUAUUCUCACUCCUUAUGGCCUUUCCCAUGCCAGAUCCCCCCAACACUUCAUCAAAGGGGUUUCGACUCUUUGAGGCCCAUCAGGCGCCAAGAUCCUUCACCAAAAGGCAGAUUCCCCAGUCACAUAAGCACACUCUCAACUUGAAGAUCGGCCUGAAGAGUGGUGGCAUGGAUGUUAUCAAGAAGAGGCUCGUAGAAACUUCUGAUCCCCAGAGCUCGUCCUACGGCCAGCACUUAACUUUUGAAGAGAUCAAGCAUCUAUCUGCGCCGAGUAGCUCUUCACUUGAUGCGGUUAACGAGUGGCUCUCCUCUCACGGCUUCGACGAGUCAUCAAUCGACUGGAGUCAUAGUAAAGACUGGGUUACCCUCAACGAAGUACCACUACAGAAGGCAGAAGAAAUGCUCAACACGACUUAUUUUUACUAUCAGCACGACGAUGGCGAGUUGCUUUUGAGGACCGAACGCUACAGCUUACCGGAAGAAAUUCACUCGCACGUUGAACUGGUUCAAGUUGGUGAAGCUCACUCCUCUUUUUCAACGCUGACUCCGAAGAGAUCCAUGACCACAAAUGAACCAUCAAAGAAACGCAAACAUAAAUCCAUACAGAUUUCGAAUACUCGGAGCAAGAGGAACUUCCAAAAGUUCAUACCGCAGUCUUUGACGAAUACCACAGCCUGUCUAGAUCCUUAUAGCGUCACAAACGCCUGCUUGCGCGAACUGUAUCAAACCAAUUCCUAUCGACUUCAAUGUAAAGGAAACGCCAAUAGGAUUGGAGUGACGGCAUACAUUGGUGAACGGGCGAACUUCGAAGAUCUGAAAGACUUUUUGACAAACGAAGGCCUUCCCACUACCAACAACUUCACUGUCGUAUCCGUCAAUGGAGGCCUGAAUCCUCAGACUAAUACCCUAGAUGAGAUUGUGCGUCAUGUCGGUGUUGAGGGAAAUUUGGACAUCCAAACCACAAUGGGUUUCACUGCCCCUAUGCCCAACAUUUUCUACACUACUGCCGGUACACCCCCUUUCAAAGCGGAUUUGUUCACCACCAGUAACAGCAAUGAACCGUACCUGGACUGGCUCCUGUACAUUGCGUCUCAGCCAGAUUCAGCAGUCCCUCAAGUGAUCUCGACAUCCUAUGGUGAUGACGAACAGACUGUCCCCGCCAACUAUGCUCAAAGAGUUUGUAAUCAACUUGCUGCAUUAACCGCUCGGGGGGUGUCCUUGAUUUUUUCCAGCGGUGACGAUGGAGUUGGUCAAGACGGCACAUGCAUGUCGAAUGAUGGGAAGAACACAACCAAAUUUAUACCCAUCUUCCCAGCUAGCUGCCCUUUUGUUACUUCCGUUGGAGCAACGCAAAAUUUCCACCCUGAAGAAGCAGUCUCGGUUGAUGGACCGGGCGGAUUCCCUAGUGGAGGCGGCUUUUCCGAAUACUUUGACAGACCUCAAUACCAAUCUCAACAGGUCCAGAGCUAUCUACAACAACUUGGUUCGAACUUCACCGGAUUGUAUAAUCCGAAGGGACGGGGGAUUCCAGACGUUUCGGCACAAGGGGCAAAAUACUUAAUGACGUGGCAAAAAUUGCACGUACACGUCGGCGGUUCCUCUGCUGCGGCUCCGACUUUUGCGUCUGUCAUCUCUCUAUUGAACGACGAUCGUAUUGCUCGUGGCAUGUCUUCCCUGGGAUUCUUGAACCCUUGGUUGUAUUCAGAAGGAUACAAGGCGCUGAACGAUAUUGUGAUUGGGAGCUCUAGUGGAUGCGGCACAACUGGUUUUGCUGCUGCGAAGGGCUGGGACCCGGUUACUGGACUUGGGACACCGAAUUUCCCUGCGAUGCAACGUGCGAUGCCGCCCAAGCCAUCUAAGACUACCCCAGCCCCAAUUCCUGCCCGCGGAGUGAACUCUGAUUGCAAAUCCAGCGUUAUGAGCUCGGUAAAUUGUUUCUUAGGCUUUCGGAUCCCUGGCUUUUAG